AUGCAACCUCCAGAGCAGCCUGCAAGUUCAGCGCCGGCUUCCAGUGCUGCAGUGAGGCGGCUGCGGAAAGACUUGGAAGCCUUGCAAGCCUCCGGCAACCCUCAGCUCCUGGUGCGUCCCUCGGAGGAGAGUCUGCUGGAAUGGCACUUUGUUCUUCAUUCCCUUCCGGCUGAUACUCCAUACAGCCAGGGCUGCUACCACGGCAAGAUUCUCUUUCCAAGCACCUACCCGCAUGCUCCACCGGCGAUCAUCAUGAUCACUCCGAGUGGGAGACUCGAGACGGGGAAGAAGCUAUGUCUAAGCAUGACGGACUUCCACCCAGAGAGUUGGAAUCCGGCUUGGUCGGUGGAAACCAUCCUCGUGGGUCUUUUGUCUUUCUUCAUCUCUAGCGAGAAGGGCUACGGCGCGGUACAGGCGCCGGAAGAACAACGCCGCAAGCUUGCCGCCGAGUCCUGGCAAUUGAACGCCGCCUCCUCCACCUUUGCCGCCCUGUUCCCAGAGUUUCGAGAGAAACCCGCAGUCUCGAUCUCGGUGUCGGUGCUCGAGGGGCAAAACGAGGUCGCCGGGGAGGCCCAGGCUGAGCUGGGGUCUUCGGAGAGCCAGCAGAGCUCUCAGGCUCGCCAGGUGAGUUCUCGAGAUUUGGAAGCUGCAGUAGACGAUGAGCCUACGGAAUGUUGGAUUUGUCGUGACACGACAGAUGAGCCUUUGAUUCAGCCAUGCCUUUGCCGUGGUUCUAUGAGUGGUGUUCAUGCCAGCUGCGUCGAAGAGUGGAUCCGACACCACCGUCGGACUGCCACCAACGAUGCACCUCCAAUGUGCUCUGUCUGUCACCAGCCAUAUCAUGGCUCCGAAAGGAUACCAGGCGUGCGGGACUUUGUCAGACACAAAUGCCGCGAUUUCGGAACGCAGUGCUGCAGAACGCUCUUGCUGGUGCUUCUGCUCAUGACGUACCAGGUGAGUGCUUUGAACAGCAGCAGCUUGCAUUUGUCACUGCCCCUGCGCAUCCUGGGCAUCUCUGCAUUCGCUGUUCUGGCUCUCUACCGGUUGAUGGUGCUCUUGGUUUCGCUGCCUCCGUAUCGCCUGCCGCCGGAGAAUCGGUUCCUGCUGCGAUUCUUCAUCUCCGAGCCGAAGCUGCUCGCCUUGCACAUCGCUGAGGCUGCUGCCACCAUCACAGUGAUGGCCUUCUGGUGCAUCUCCGGGUUCAUGUCUUGGAUAUACUUUGCUCCAUUCGCUGGUGCUACGCUGAUACUCAUGGCGAAGUUGUUCUGCAGGCAGCCUUCUGCCGACUGCGUGGGCCGUUGCGGGCGUAUUCUGCUAUGUAUUUUGGUGUCACCUGUCGUACUUGUUGGGGCAGUCGUUAUGCUGAUCAGGAAAUACCCGCACAUGGUGUUCCAUCCUCUCGGUCCGGGGCCGCACCUGCUCGUGGCAAUCGCAGUGGUUCCCAUGGCCUUGACUCUUCAGUCCAACCUACCUCUGCUGAUUUUGUGGGGGACCCAUAGCCUUGGGCUGACGCUGGGCCUCGUGGAGCUCUUCGCCAUUAAGCGUUUUCGCUGGAAGCGUGGUGUGGCUUGGGGAUUUGUGGUGCAGGCAACUCUGCUGGCUUGCUAUCUGAGCAACAUCUGCGUCUUUCCUGCAGGAGUCGGAGACGCUCUGCAAUCCACCUGGAUCGUUGCAGGCAGUUCGGUGACAUGGAUGCUGUUGUUGCUGGGUCUCUGCCUCAAGAUAAACUGGGAGCUCUGUCUGCAGUACUACCGAACGUGGCAGCGCCGUCAUGGCAGCUUCACGCUAAACGCGCCAGCUGAAGGAGCCACCCAGUGA